AUGAGGGCACGCGGGGCGCGGGGAAGCAGGGCGUGCGGGGCGCGCAGGGCAGCAGGGCGCAUGGCGCACGGGACAGGAGGGCGCGCGGGGCACAGGCGAGCAAGGAACGCGGGGCGCGCGGGUCAGCAGGGCGCACGGAGCGCGGGGCAGCAGGGCGCGCGGGGCGCGCAAGGCAGCAAGACGCACGGGGCGCGAGGCAACAGGGCGCGCGGGGCGCGUAGGGCACCAGGGCGCGCGGGGCGCAUUGGGCAGCAGGGCGCGCGGGGCGCGUGGCAGCAGGCCACGCGGGGAAAACGGGGCAGCAGGGCGCGCGGGGCACGAGGGAGCAGGGCGCGCGGUGCGCGCAGGGCAGCAGGACGCGUGGGGCGCGCAGGACAGCAGGGCGCCCGCGGCGCGCAGGGCAGCAGGGCGCGCGCGACGUGUGGGGCAGCAGGGACGCGUCGCUGCGCUGAGCAGCAGGGCGCGCGAGCGCGCAGGGAAGCAGGGCGCGCGGGCAGCAGGGCGCGCGGGCAGCAGGGCGCGGGGCGCGCAAGGCUGCAGGGCGCGCGGGGCGCGCGGGCCGCAUGGCGCGCGGGGCGCGGGGGAGCAGGGCGCGCGGGGCGGGCAGUGCAGCAGGGUGUGCGCGACGCACGGGGCAGCAGGGCAGUGGCACUCGAGGCGCGGGGCAGCCACACCUAA